AUGGUCAACUCCUGUUGUGGCUCUGUGUGCUCUGACCAGGGCUGUGGCCAAGACCUCUGCCAGGAGACCUGCUGCCAACCCAGCUGCUGCCAGACUUCCUGCUGCAGGACUACCUGCUGCCGCCCCAGCUGCUGCGAGACCACCUGCUGCAGGACCACCUGCUGUCGUCCUAGCUGCUGUGUGUCCAGCUGCUGCAAGCCCCAGUGCUGCCAGUCUGAGUGUUGCCAACCCACUUGCUGCCGCCCCAGCUGCUGUAUGACUAGCUGCUGCAGGCCCAGCUGCUGUGUGUCCAGCUGCUGCAAGCCCAGCUGCUGUGUGUCCAGCUGCUGCAAGCCCCAAUGCUGCCAGUCUGUGUGUUGCCAGCCCACCUGCUGCAGGCCCAGCUGCUGCUGCACUCCUUGCUGUCAGCCCACCUGCUGCCAGCCCACCUGCUGCAGGACCACCUGCUGUAGGACCACCUGCUGUCAGCCCACCUGCUGCAGAACCACCUGCUGUAGGACCACCUGCUGCCAGCCUACCUGCUGUAGGACCACCUGCUGCCAGCCCACCUGCUGCAGGACCACCUGCUGCCAGCCCACCUGCUGCCAACCCACCUGCUGCAGAACCACCUGCUGCCAGCCCACCUGCUGCAGGACUACCUGCUGCCAGCCCACCUGCUGUCAGUCCACCUGCUGCCAGCCCACCUGCUGCAGGACCACCUGCUGCCAGCCUACCUGCUGCAGGACCACCUGCUGCCAGCCUACCUGCUGCAGGACCACCUGCUGCCAGCCCACCUGCUGUCAGCCCAUGUGCUGCAGGACCACCUGCUGCACCACCUGCUGCCAACCAAUUUGUGAGACCAGCUGUUGCCAGCCUUCCACUUGCAGCACACCCUGCUGCCAGCCCACCUGCUGUGAAUCCAGCUGCUGCCAACCUUCCUGCUGCUGA